AUGGCGAUAGAGAAACAAAAGUACUCUCGUUCGGAUGACGAAUUCUGUUCUCUCGUUUUCCAGACAUUCAUAUCUUCUACAGAUGCAAUCAUCACCAUCGACAAAGAGGAGGAUGAAACCCUAGAGUCGAAGAAAAAGAAGUCAAACAACCUCGUUUCUAACUCGUUGGUGCCUUCUACUUGUACAGUCAUCAUCAUUGACGACGAUGAUGAAGAGGAAACCCUAGAUUCUAAGAAGAAUAAGAAGAGAAAAAACCUCAAUUCUAACUCGUUGGUACCUUCGACUAAUUCAGUCAUCAACGACGAAAAAGAUACCCUAGAGCCUAAACAGAAGAAGCCGAGAUUAGGGUGUUGGUGGGACGAGGUUGAUGCCUUCGACGAAUUAAGUUGCGUGGUCAAGGGGUUACCAAAGUCGAAGAAUGAUGCUGCAUCAGUUGUGGAUUCACGGUUUUCUUUAACCAAUCUUCCGGAGACAAAGCCGAAGGAGGGUUACAGUGAUAGUGUUACUGGUGACAACAAGGGAAUUCAAGAUCGUUCAGGAUAUAGCCACAUGUCGCUUGAGGAUUCAGGUAUCUCGGUGGAAGAUCCAAGUCUUGGCGGCUACGUCAGUGACAUCAUAUCUCCUAUUGAUUCCUGUUUUUCUUCUUCUUCUUCUCGUCUUCAAGAGACAGAGGCAAAUACAAACAAGAAUGACGAGAGAUCAUUAUCAUCAUCAAAUCAUCAUGGUAAUAACUUCAUUCGUUUUAGAGAGGACGAGAUUGUCGGCGAGAGUAGUACCAAUAUCAGUAAUAAGGGCCAUCGACAUCUCUCGCUUGAGGAGUUGGGUGUUUCAGUUGAAGAUCUCAAGAGUAUGCCAUGGGAAGCCUUUGAUCCGACAUGGGAGAUUAGGUCAGAGACCAUGGAUCCAUGGCUUGGUGGCUACAUCCAGGACAUGUUCUCUGCUCAUUAA